AAAUCCUGUCCUAUAAAUACCAAACACCUUUUCUCUUGCAUUAUCUCUCAAAACCAAACUUAACCAGCUUUUCCCUCCCUCUUCAUAUUCUUCUGCUUACUACUUCUAGAUGAUUCAUAACAUUAUCAAAACGAUCACCUCUUGUGAUGGGGACAAGAAGAAGAUUGAAGGCAAGGUAGUGUUGAUGAAGAAGAACGUUUUGGACUUCAACGACUUUAAUGCAUCUAUUCUUGAUGGUGUUCAUGAGCUUUUAGGCCACAGGGUUUCUCUGCAGCUUAUUAGCGCUGUUAAUGGCGACCCAUCUGAGAAUGGGUUGCGAGGGAAACUUGGAAAGCCAGCAUACUUGAAGCACUGGAUAAGCACAUUCACACCCUUAGUAGCGGGCGAGUCUGCAUUCAAAGUUACCUUUGACUGGGACGAGGACAUAGGAACUCUAGGAGCAUUCUUAAUAAGAAACAAUCAUCACAGUGAGUUCUACCUGAAAAGCCUUACACUUGAAGAUGUUCCAGGCCAAGGUCGGAUCCACUUUGUCUGCAACUCCUGGGUUUACCCUGAAGAACAAUACAAAAAAGACCGUGUUUUCUUCUCCAACAAGACAUAUCUUCCAAGUGAAACACCAGGGCCACUGCUAAAGUACAGAGAGGAAGAACUAGUGAACUUGAGAGGAGAUGGAACAGGAGAGCUUCAGGAGUGGGACAGGGUCUAUGACUAUGCUUACUACAAUGAUCUGGGGAAUCCAGAUGAGGACCCUGAAUAUGCCCGUCCAGUUCUGGGAGGGUCUGCCGAGUACCCUUACCCUCGUAGGGGGAGAACUGGGCGACCACCAACCAAGACAGAUCCUAAAACCGAGAGCAGACUGAAGCUUCUUAUGAGCUUAAAUAUAUAUGUUCCAAGAGAUGAACGUUUUGGUCACUUGAAGAUGUCAGACUUCCUUGCUUAUGCACUGAAAUCCGUAGCUCAAGUCCUUAAACCUGAGCUGGAAUCUCUAUUUGACAGCACUCCAAAAGAGUUUGACAGCUUCCAAGACGUGCUGAACCUGUAUGAAGGAGGAAUUAAGCUGCCUGACAAUGUACUUAAGAAUAUUAGGGACAACAUCCCCGCGGAGAUGCUAAAGGAAAUUUUCCCAACUGAUGGUGAAGGACUCCUCAAAUAUCCAAUGCCCCAAGUGAUUAAAGAGGAUAGGUCUGCAUGGAGAACUGAUGAAGAAUUUGCGAGAGAGAUGCUGGCCGGAGUAAACCCUGUCAUCAUUCGUAGUCUUCAAGAAUUCCCUCCCACAAGCAAGCUUGAUCGUGAAGUAUAUGGUGAUCAGACCAGUAAAAUUACCAAAGAACACAUAGAAAAUAACAUAGAUGGGCUCAGCAUAGAUGAGGCAAUCAAGAAGAACAAGCUGUUCAUAUUAGACCACCAUGAUGCUUUAAUGCCGUAUCUGAGGCGAAUAAACUCAACUUCCACAAAGACUUAUGCCAGCAGGACAAUCCUUUUCUUGAAAAGCGAUGGGACUUUGAGGCCAUUAGCAAUUGAAUUAAGCCUGCCCCAUCCUGAGGGAGAUCAGUUUGGUGCCAUUAGCAAAGUUUACACACCAGCUGAACAAGGUGUUGAAAGUACCAUUUGGCAACUGGCAAAAGCUUAUGCAGCCGUAAAUGACUCUGGAUAUCAUCAGCUCAUUAGCCACUGGUUAAAUACCCAUGCUGCAAUUGAACCAUUUGUGAUAGCGACAAACAGGCAGCUGAGUGUGCUUCACCCAAUACAGAAGCUUCUUCAUCCUCACUUCCGCGACACCAUGAAUAUAAAUGCUUUUGCCCGGCAGAUCCUCAUUAAUGGUGGCGGAAUUCUGGAAGUAACUGUUUUUCCAGCAAAGUAUUCCAUGGAGGUGUCAUCAGUAGUUUAUAAGAACUGGAUUUUUCCUGAGCAAGCGCUUCCGGCAGAUCUCAUCAAGAGAGGAAUGGCAAUUAAGGAUUCAAGUUCCCCACAUGGUCUGCGCCUUCUGAUUGAGGACUAUCCAUAUGCUGUUGAUGGGCUGGAAAUCUGGUCAGCUAUCAGAACAUGGGUUGAAGACUACUGCUCCUUCUAUUACAAGAAUGAUGAAAUGGUCCAAAAGGACUCUGAGCUGCAGUCCUGGUGGAAGGAACUGAGAGAGGAGGGUCAUGGCGACAAGAAAGAUGAGACCUGGUGGCCUAAAAUGCAGACACGUGAAGAGCUUGUAGAAACAUGCACUAUCAUUAUAUGGAUCGCAUCUGCGCUCCAUGCAGCACUCAACUUUGGACAGUACCCUUAUGCAGGCUACCUACCAAACCGGCCAACAAUAAGCCGUCGUUUUAUGCCUGAAGAAGGCACUCCUGAGUAUGAGGAACUCAAGUCAGACCCCGACAAGGCUUUCUUGAAAACAAUUACUGCCCAGCUCCCGACCCUUAUUGGUGUUGCCCUCAUAGAACUUCUGUCAAGGCAUUCUACUGAUGAGGUCUAUCUUGGGCAAAGAGAUACUCCUGAAUGGACAUUGGAUGCCCAGCCAUUGGAAGCCUUUGAUAGAUUUGGAAAGAAGCUGGCUGAUAUUGAGGACAGAAUUAUAAGGAUGAACAAUGACAAGAAAUUGAAAAACAGGGUUGGAGCAGUCAACGUGCCAUAUACUUUACUCUAUCCCACUAGUGAUCAAAGUGGACUUAGCGGCAAGGGAAUCCCCAAUAGUGUCUCGAUCUAAAGCUUCUGCAUCGGGGUUGUUUACUACAGUUUUCACAGGAGUGCUUCUUCUUCUUCUUUCUUUUUUUUUCUUUUUUUUUUCCUCGUUGAUAUUAUAUCUAACAGUACUAUCUGUAUUUCUAA